CAGGUUAUAUUGUCAGUGAUCUGCACCCCCAGGAACUUGGUGCUACUUACCAUCAUAUCACUGAUGGUUUGGAAACUCCAAGUUAGGAGUGCCUCAUUUUUUGGGACUUGACCUCCUCCAGGUACUGCAGUCCUGUAUAAGGACAUUCGCUUGUAAUAAAGCAACUUUUAGUUCUCUUUUGAUCCAGACACAUUGCCGUGUCGCCCUUCUGCCCGGACGAGGACGAUGGAAUGUGUUUUCUUCACUAACAGCCGCCGUGUUUCAAAUUGACGCUGUGGUCGGAAUGUUCCGAGGCCUGUGUUUGCUCUUCGUAAGUCGCAGCGGUUGUGUUGACCAACCCGGGUCAAAAAAGGUUAUCAGCUGUGUUCCCAUGUCACAAAACACGGACCCUCAGACAUAACCAGCCUCCUAAGGGUGGGUUAAGGGUUUUAUUUAGUGCGUUUGCUACUCCUCUUCCCGCAGCCAAUCGGCAGCAAGGUCAGAGGUCACCGCUAUAUCAGCUCUGGCUCGCAGGCACAAUAUUAGUCGGGACAUUAGCUGAGAUAUUUGCAAUCAUUUGAUCUUUCCUGCAAUCAUGGCACCCAUUCUACUGAACUGCAUGGGGAAUGACCCCAGUGACUACAUCAAGCAACAAGUCCAGGUGAAGAACCCGUACUUGGACACCAUGGAGGAGGACAUCCUGUACCACUUCAGCCUGAGCACCAAGUCUCACAACCUGCCAGAGAUGUUCGGCGACAUAAAGUUUGUGUGUGUCGGUGGCAGCGCCAAUCGCAUGAAGGCCUUCGCCCAGUUCAUCCACCAGGAGCUGAAGCUGCCCGGCAACCCGGCGGAAAUCCGAGAUAUAUGCGAGGGAACUGACCGCUACUGCAUGUACAAAGUGGGACCGGUGCUCUCUAUUAGUCACGGUAUGGGCGUGCCGUCCAUCUCUAUCAUGCUGCACGAGCUCAUCAAACUGCUGCACCACGCCCACUGCAGGGAUGUGAUCCUCUUCCGCCUGGGGACAUCGGGUGGUGUUGGUCUGGCCCCGGGCACGGUGGUAGUGACCGACAAGGCGGUGGACUACUCUUUCCGGCCCCAGUUUGAGCAGGUGGUGCUGGGUAAGGUGAUCACCCGGAGCACCGUGCUGGACGAAGGGGUGGCCAGCGAGCUUCUGCAGUGCUCCUCGGAGCUCCGGAACCUUCCCACGGUGAUUGGGAACACCAUGUGCACGCACGACUUCUACGAAGGUCAAGGUCGACUUGACGGCGCUCUGUGCUCCUUCUCGCACGAAGAAAAGCUGGAGUAUCUGAGGAAAGCCUACGAAGCAGGAGUGCGGAACAUCGAAAUGGAGUCCACCGUCUUUGCCGCCAUGUGUCGCGUCUGCGGCCUCAAAGCGGCUGUCGUCUGCGUCACGCUGUUGAACCGCUUCGAGGGAGACCAGAUCACGUCCUCUCAUGACGUCCUGGUGGACUACCAGCAGAGGCCCCAGGCUCUCGUGGCGCACUUUAUUAAGAAACGCCUUGGCCAUGUUGUUUAAAACCGCAGCACUGCCAUACCCCUCUGAAAUCAGUAUACACUAUAUUUGCCAAAAGUAUUUGGCCACCUGCUUUGACUCACAUAUGAACUUGAAGCGCCAUCCCAUUCCUAACCCAUAGGGGUCAAUAUGAUGUUGUCCACUUGUUCACAAGUCUUCUGGGAAGGCUUGUCCACAAGGUUGCGGAGUGUGUUUAUAGGAAUUUUCUUUGUUAUAAUUCAUCCCAAAGGUGUUCUAUUGACGUUCAGGUCAGGACUCUGUGCAGGCCAGUCAAGUUCACCCACACCAGACUGUCAUCCAUGUCUUUAUGGACCUUGUCACGAAAAACAACCCCACGCCAUGAUUCUGAUCAUUUGGAUAGGCGACCAAAUACUUUUGGCAAUAUAGUGUAUAUAAAUUCAACUGAUGUGUAUAUACUCUAUUUAAAGGGGAACUUCACUUUUUUUGGGAAGUUUUUCUGUCGUUCACAAUCCUUGUUAGAUACAAGAAAACAAACAGUUGUUUUUUUGCAUUCCUAUUUGUUUUAAUUCAUCCUAAAAGUGUUCUAUCGGAGUUCAGGUCAGGACUCUGUCCAGGCCAGUCAAGUUCACCCACACCAGACUCUGUCGUCCAUGUCUUUAUGGAACUUGUCAUGAAAAACAACCCCACGCCAUGAUUCCGAUCAUUUGGAUAGGCGACCAAAUACUUUUGGCAAUAUAGUGUAUAUCAAUUCAACUGAUGUGUAUAUACUCUAUUUAAAGGGGAACUUCACUUUUUUUGGGAAGUUUUUCUGUCGUUGACAAUCCUUAUUAGAUACAAGAAAACAAACAGUUGUUUUUUUGCAUUCUUAUUUGUUUUAAUUAAUCCUAAAAGUGUUCUAUCGGAGUUCAGGUCAGGACUCUGUGCAGGCCAGUCAAGUUCACCCACACCAGACUCUGUCGUCCAUGUCUUUAUGGAACUUGUCAUGAAAAACAACCCCACGCCAUGAUUCCGAUCAUUUGGAUGGGUGGCCAAAUACUUUUGGCAAUAUAGUGAAUAUAAAUUCAACUGAUGUGUAUAUACUCUAUUUAAAGGGGAACUUCACUUUUUUGGGGAAGUUUUUCUGUCGUUCACAAUCCUUAUUAGAUACAAGAAAA